AUGUUUCCUUCAAGCAACGAGAACAAAAGCUACACCAUGGGCCAUACAAAGUCCUCCACGGCCAGCCAUGCCACGCGAACCAUCUACUCGGAUGCAUCUUUCCUCCUUCCAUAUAUUCAGCCAUACUACCAAAUUCUCGAUAUCGGCUGCGGCCCUGGUACUAUCACCGCUGGCUUUUCGGAACUGGUUCCGCACGGCAGUGUGACAGGCAUCGACCUGGGCCACACUAUACUGCAGCAGGCGCGGGAGAACACGCAUGCACUUAUCGCGCGUAGCCCCGAUGUGCCGAGAGGGGAAACCACCUACCAGGAAGGUGAUGUUGUGGUAGGAUUGAAGUUUGAAGAUAACACGUUCGAUGUGGUAUUCGCGUCGCAGGUUCUUAUACAUCUUCCGGAACAAGUCUCAGUGGUACGAGCGCUGAAUGAGAUGAGACGGUUGGUCAAGCCUGGAGGAAUUGUCGCUACCAGGGAUGGCGCAAAGAUGCUCUUCUAUCCGGACUAUAAUCUUGAGAAGUUGUGGGAACAGAAUCUUCUCAAAGGAAUCGGCCUUGAUGAGUGGCCAGGGCCAAAAAUGCGAGGGCAUUACCGUCAAGCUGGUUUUGACGUAGAUGGUCUUAGAGAGAAUGGGCAGAAGCAGGUUAUUAUCGGUGUUGGAAGCAAUGUAUACGCGGGAACCAUGGACGAAAGAAAGGCAUAUAUCAGGACAUUUACUAGGAGAUUCAAUCCUGGAGAACCAUUCAGAGAAUGCUGGAUCAAGGUCGGCAUAUCUGAAGAGGAGAUCCAAGACUGCAUUGGGGCGUUUGAGAAGUGGGCUAACACCGAGGAUGCAUGGGCGACGACUGUCCAAAGCGAGGUUCUGGCCUGGAAGUAG